AUGUUUGGAUUAGGCAAGAUAGGCAUCCACAUCAAUUCGUUCAUCUUUUUCUUCGGACCAUCUGAUUUGCCGAAAAACUACUGGAAAAUUACCCGAGAGGAGAAGCAAACUUUUUCGUGUUGUUGUCCGUCGGGUGCUCUCUGUGCUCACCACCCACCCCCGAACCAAACUGCGGGUUCUCUUUUGAUGAUGAAGUGGACCUUCUCUUCCACUUCUUCCCCUUCUUCGCUUUCUGGGACUCAUCUUUGCUCCAAUGGCACUCGAGAGCCAUCUCACCACAAUAUCUAUCUUGUACCCGAAUAG